GUGGGCUGUUGGGUUUCUACUUGGGUGUUUGUCUUCUGGUUUGAGCUUCAGGGUGCAUCUACAGGGCUGGUAAAUACCUGGGGCUGGCCUGUGACAGCUGGUUCAGCCUAAAGGGCUGUUUAAUUGAAGUGUAGAGCUGAUGGCCAGAGAUCUUGCUGCUUCGUGAGGUCCCAGAGCCCGGGACCCACCCCAAUGCUACACUGUAUGCCCUGAGCCUGAGUCAACUGGCACAAACCAGCCCCAGAGGUUCCACUGUCGUGUAGACGUAGGCUGAGCUGCAAUUUGACCCUCCCCUUUCUUAAAGCUUAAAGACCAAGCUGAUUGGACUCAAGUGAGAGUCCUUGGUUCUGUGCAGUGAUGGGUAGAGCUGAGAUCCCUGAUGAGUAAGUGCAGGGGCUCUGGCUGAGUCAUGGUGAGGGGGUAGCGUUGUAGUGAAAGGCGACGAAAGGGCAGCCCCGCAGAGACUCCUUGCUAGCCAGCGAGAGCUGAAAUCACGAAGAGCUGGGGGGUCUCAGAAACACGGCACUGUGGAAGUAGCAGUGAGCAGCAAGUGCCAACAGGGCAGAGCUGCCCGCGGCAGAGAUUGCAGCGGCAGUGAGCCAGUUGCAGAGGGGGCGGUAGCAGGGUGGGGGGUGUUGCUCGGGGUGCACGGGAUGCCGCAGAGUUAGAAGGGAGCAGCCUGUUAAAGGGAUUUUUGUUUGGACUUUCACACCAGGAGGUGGGAAACUGAGGCAAAGGCCCGUGAUUCGCUUUGUCUGAUGGAAAACCUUGGUCAGCAAAUUUUCCACGGACCCAGAUAGAAGAAGGAAAAAGGAAAGGAAACCAAAAUGUUGUCUUGUUAUGUUUUAAAUCUCAUGAAGUUUUAAACAAAUUCCUGAUUUUUGAACACUUGUGGCGGGGGCUGCUGACGUAGGCCUGUCUCUCGCUGUGCAUCUGUGCAGUGCCCAGCUCAAUGGGGCCCUGAUCUCAGCUGGGGCAGGGCCUGUCUCUCGCUGUGUAUCUGCAGCGCCUGGCACAACAGGGCCCUGAUCUGAGGAUGUCUAGGGGCCAGUGGAAGGCACAUACUACCAGUCACUGUCUGAUUCUUCCCUCUCAGCUGCAUGCCCCCAGGGCAAUGUCUUUGCUAGAGGAGCUGACCGACUUGAAUUACUGAGAGCUAGCAGGAGUAUCAGGUUGGCCUGAAUUUCCUUCCUGCGCGAGCCGGCUUUGCAACAAGACCUGUGCAGGCCUGACCUGCUGCUUUGUUCUGCGGCUGCAAAGAGCUGGCUCACUAACAGGUGAGCGCUCUGAUUUCCUUUGAAGCGUGCCAGGAAUGGAGAGACCUUUGGAGCGGCUGAUCACGUGGUGUGUGGGGUGAGCCUUAAGCCAACACCUGCCAGCGGGCAAGGCUCACUGUGCAGCUGCAGCCAUGGCUCACAUCGCCAAGUCCUUCUACGACCUCAGCGCCACCAACAUCCACGGGGAGAAAGUGGAUUUCAACAAUUUCCGGGGCCGGGUGGUUUUGAUUGAGAACGUGGCAUCCCUCUGAGGCACGACGGUGCGGGAUUACACCCAGCUGAACCAGCUGCAGGCCCGGUACCCGCAGCGGCUGGUCGUGCUGGGCUUCCCUUGCAACCAGUUUGGCUACCAGGAGAACUGCACCAACGAGGAGAUCCUCAACUGCCUGAAAUACGUGCGCCCUGGGGCUGGCUUCGAGCCCAACUUCACCCUCUUCCAGAAAUGCCAGGUGAAUGGGCAGGACGUGCACCCCGUCUUCGCCUACCUGAAGGCCCACCUGCCCACCCCGACCGACGAGCCCUCCGCCUUCAUGGGCGACCCCAAGUUCGUCGUGUGGAGCCCGCUGCGCCGCAACGACCUCUCCUGGAACUUCGAGAAGUUCCUGGUGGGGCCCGAGGGGGAGCCCUUCAAACGCUACAGCCCCAAGUUCCAGACCAUUGCCAUCGAGCCCGACAUCCAGCGCCUCCUCAAGCUAGCCAAAUAGGGGGGCAGUAAUGGGAGUCCAGCGGCAGCGCCCCCUGCUGGAGGGGCGCGGUGCCACUCCCUAAGUCUCAGCCCGCUGCAGCCGGCAUCAGCGCUUUACCGGGUGACGGCCCCCUUCUAAACCACAUGGGGAGGGGGCCCGAAGGGGGUAAAGGCACUGAACGCUCGGCCCGCGGCACUGGGCACCAUCCAAUAAACAAGCCUGAAGGGA